AUGCAAGCAAAAACAGAAAAAAUAAGAUCUGCUAUGAAGAAUGUGACAAAAGAUACAGGAGAACCAGAGAAUCUUAAAUAUAAGCCACUCACUGGAAAAGUAUUUUACCUUGAUAUUCCAUCAAAUGUCAUCUCUGAAAAAAUAGGGAAGGACCUCAAAGAGCUAGGAGGGAAAGUGGAGAGUUUUCUUAGUAAAGAUAUCAGCUACCUGGUGUCUAGUAAAAAGGAGGCAAAAUUCACACCGACUCUUGGUCAGAUUUCUCCUGUUCCUAGCCCGGAAUCUGCACAUAAUGGAGGAAAUAGUUCACCUCAUCCUAGCAACAGAAAAGAUGGAUGUGAUGGGAGUUCAUUUAAGAUAGUAGAUACAGUACGUAUGAGCAGAGGAAAAUCCUUAGUUGAAAAAGCAAUCAAAGAGCAGGACUUAAUCCCCUCUGGUAGUGUACUAUCCAGUGCUUUGAGCUGGGGAGUAAAGAUACUUCAUAUUGAUGAUGUUAAGAACUACAUUGAACAAAAGAAAAAGGAGGUCUACCUCAUGAAAAGAGCAAGCAGUUCUUUUAAAGAUGUGGGAAGACCGGUUAUUGCUCCAAAGUCAAAAACAGGUAAACUGAAAAAUCCAUGUGUAAAGGUGGAAGAUAGAAGUCGCCGCUACCGACCGUUUUAUCUGCAGUUACCCAGUUUUCCAGUUCUGAAUUACUGUGUUCCAAAGCCAUAUAGUCCAUUUGAGGUGGAUAAGAAGCAUCCUUCUGUUCAAAAGCAACCUCUGUCUAAGCAAAGAAACAAAAUAAAUAGUGACAAGGACUGUGGAAAUCCUGCUCAGCUCCCUCAGAAAGACAAAAAGAAGAGAGGAUAUUGUGAAUGUUGUGGGAAGAAAUAUGAAGAUCUGCAAACACAUCUUCUAAGUGAACAGCACCAAAAUUUUGCACGAAGCUCACAGUAUCAAGUUAUUGAUGAUAUAAUCUCAAAGUUGAUGUAUGAGUUUGUUGCAUACAGAGAUGAUGCAAAAGAAAUAAAAAGGACAAAAUGUAGUGCAGGAUAUUUUUCUCCAGUUCUUGGAAAGAUAACUAGACCAGUUGAGCUGAAGGAACAACUGAAAAGGCAACGCAUUUCCCUGAAGACUUACUCGUGGAAAGAUCCGUCGAUGCGGGCACGCAAACUGGAUCGCCAGCCUGCAGAAAUACAGCCAAAUUCUGUGCCAAUACCUACCACUGUUUCUGGAUCUGUCUGUUCAGUUCUUUAUUGCCACCUGUCACAACCUUCAGAACUAAAAAGUAAGUUCAGAAAUGAUGAAAAUACUGAUUGCUGCUGUGCUGCAAACUUGAGAGAGACUGUUGUAUCAUCAGUUUUCAUACAACCACCCCCUCAGAAAGAUGGCAAAAAUUACAUGGAGCCAGAAGUAAACAAGAAUUUACAGUGUUCUCAGGAACGCAUGUGUACUUCAUAUUCUCAUAUGCAAGUUACAGAUCUUGCUGAAAAAGACAAAAACCUGUCACAGCCAAAACGAAAAUUAAAUAAUGCAGUAGUUCUACCCGCAAAGUGUUUGAAAAAAACAGAUGCCAAUCCUACGUUUGUCAAGAAACAUUGUGAUUUAUGUGAUAAUCAUCAACAGAUGCAGCACAGUGUAGUUCUGGAGGCUGAAAUAUCUGAUACUGCUAUAAACAAAGAACUUAAUGAAUCAGCUGCCAGCACUGCACAUAGUUCACCGUCUGGAAAGCUGCGCAGAAAAGUGAAGCUUUACUUGGGAAGACAUAAAAGAGAAACCCAGAAACAGAAUGUGGAGUUAUGUAUAAAGUAUACAGAUGGACUGUCUGUGCCUGAAGAGAGGAGAAGCUCUUGUAGUUCACCAGUGCAGAGCCUACUGGAAUUAUUUCAGACAAGUGAGAGAAACUCAGAAUUCAGAGGUUUUUCAAGUUACAGUGAGAACAAAGGUUCAGCUAGCAUAAAAGAUACAUGGGAAGGGCAGAAUACAAAUUUGUGGUCAUUAUUUUCCUCUUCAUCCUCAUCCCAAUUUGUUGGAUUUUAA